AUUUCAAUUUUCAAUUUUGGUCGCAACAAGAUAAUUUAAAUACCCUACAUGUUUUUUAAUACAUUGAAAAAGAGUUUCAAUUCGUAUUUAUACUGAAAAGCACUUAAUUUAUACAAGUAUGGCUGAUGAAUCGUCAAACGAUGUCGUCGCUAUCACUUCUGAUGAGGAAGAUGACUCUUUUUCAGAUAAACCAAUUAUUAAACUAUUUAAGCGGCUUAUAGCUAAUGAUAGCAAACAAAACACAAUACUAACUAACAAUCAAAUUCUCGACUUACUAAAAUUAGAAUUUGAUAUAGAUAUAUUAGUAUUACAUAGCUUGGAGGUAGACAUUUAUAUAACACUAAUGAAGAAGUUCCUAAAAGACUGGCCUCAAUGGGAAGACUUUGACAAUACAGUGACUGAAGCAAAAAGUAAAAAUGAUAUGAGCCUCAUAAAUAAUAUGCUACAUGAGCAACAUGACAAUCUUAAAAAUUAUUUGCAAUCUGUCAUUGAAUUAGCCAAGCCCCUUGCCAAAGAAGCAAUACUUAAAGCAAAAGAAUACAUCAAGAAUAAAAAUGAAACUCCCAAAGAUGACGCAAAUGAAAGUGGGAAUGUAGAGGCAGUAUUAGAAGUAGAUGCGUCUCGAUCACAACUCGACAACCUCUUUCUACGAUUGCCAGUAGCAGGCUCCAUUUUCAAUGUUGAUCCACAGGCUUCACACUCGAAGAUCACAUUGAAUUCUUUCAAAACAGAAGCCUUACUAAACUGGUGGAAUAUCAACAUAGAAAUACGGUUACGAAACAAAGGUCCCAAUUUAUUGUACAAGAGAGAAAUGGUGCACGAAUUACGACAUACAUUGGUGAAUAAAAAAUUACCGUACCAAAAUAAUCCAUGCGUCAAACUCGACACAGAAUUAAAAGUUAAAUUAUGGAAGAAAAGUCGAGCGACUGAGAGCCCUAAAUUAAUAGAUUUUAUAGAUAAAAUAGCCUCUAUGUAUCCCAUAAAGGAUAGCGAUAUGAACGAGGUGUUUGAAUUUGUUAAAAAGGACUUAUUUCUUAUGCCGCAGAAUGUGUUUACUGCCGCACUUUAUAAGCGAUACCUGAAUGAAUACAGCUAUGUUCGUUAUCACUAUGUGGAGGAUGAUAAUGGGAAUUUGCAAGACAAGUACGACAUACAGUUGGAAGAGAUCAUUCUACCGAUGGUGAAAUUCAAUAUCUCAGCGUUCGACAUGAAGGAUUUUGUUCUGGACGAAAACAGUGUGAGUGUGGAGUGUUCUCCGUGUAAGCAGUUGUUCACGGGGCCAGCUCUCAUGGCGCAGUUGCGCGAACAUAUGGAGGGACAUGCGCUUGAAAAGCCUUGGUUGUGUUCGAAUUGUGGGUUGGAGUUUCCGAUGAUACUGUUAGCCGAGAGAUGGUGGUCGCAUCGGUGUCAGUGAAUGUUAAAUACUUUUGAAGAGAAAUUUCUUUAGGCGCGUUGAGAGCAAAAUUUCAAAGUCGCGUCAUGACAAUACCAUCACGUUAUGGAGUAAGACGACGAUUUUGGUAUCUUUGAAUCUUGCAAAGAAGUUUCACUUUUGACACGUGUGCGCUCUUUUUUUCGAUUUUUAUUCUAUUUUCACUAAAGAAUAGUGUGGUUUACUAGUAAGAGUUAAGUAAAUAAUUUGUUAAGUUUCAGACACAUUGUCUCUUAAGAAGAUAUUUUAUGUGUUGUUAAUUGCUCCAAUUGAUAUUGGUCUUCCGAAAAAUGUAUAUUUUGAGGUUCAGUAAAAUAAAAUAUUCUUCUUUUUGUUGAAUUGAAGUUGAAAAAAAAACCUUAUUGUUGCAUGCAAUUGCAUCUAGUAUCGAACUGAAAUAGAGAAUAAAUGAAAAUAAGCAUUACAGUUUA